AUGGAUCCCAGGCUAAACACAAAGUAUGGAGGUGAGAAUCGGGGAAGGGAAAAAAUUCGGGCCCGCCAUCAUGUGCUAAGAAUAUCCGUCGAUGUGGAUGAUGCUAGGCAAAAGCUUUCAAGGCCUGGGGUCACCCAGAGCUUCGAAGAUCUGAGAGCAAUUGAUAACAGUGAUGCAUUUGGCGAAGGAAAAAACUGGCCAUAUAAGAUCCACAAAGGGGCUGAACUUGGACCCCCUGUCGACGGCGAUUCCGAGACAGUCGGCAACCUUUAUAAAUUACUAGUCCCUUCACAAGUGAACAGAACGUUUAACAAUAUUAAAUCACCAUCGAAAUCAGCCAAGAUGAAUUUGGGAGUCAGCGGAUUCUGCUGUUAUCUUUGGGCUCCUUUUAUAAUGCUUUUGCAGGUUAUGACUCUCGGACUCCCGGAUCGUUUAUGGAGGCUAGGAUAUCAAUGGCUGAACAUUCCGGUACUGUUAACUUUUCCAGUUGCUACUUUAGAUCCUCCUUAUUAG